CCAUUGGCUGCAUCCUCAUCUCCACUUUCAAUUUCAUAGUUAAGGCUCCGCAGAGAAGAGCUUGCGAUUGGUAUAAUCGGAAGAAGAACCCACCAAUUACACAAAAGCUUCCACAAACAGCAUAAGGGACGUGACACACCUUCUUAGGUCUCCUGCUUCCCCUCCCCAUGGCUCCCGCCUUCCACUUAUUCAUACCAGAAGCGCCUCAGCUCUCAUUGGCCAGUGCGUGGUGACCUUUUAACCAAUCACAAACCAGACUGUGCUCCUACACUACCCAGACAGCGAAUCGUGGAGAGACCUUUGCUACGAUUGGUCCCUCCAUGAUAAGGUUUUAAUUUUGAAUCUUUCUUUAAGGAGAAGGAGAGGCCACUACCCGGACUCCAUCUGAUCCCGGGCUCUUAGACUUAAAUCAUGCCUAAGUUCAAGCAACGAAGAAGAAAGUUAAAAGCCAAAGCAAAAAGAUUAUUCAAAAAAAGAGAAGCCUCUCACUUUCAGCCCAAGCUAAUCACACCUCCUCCGCCACCACCCUCACCAGAAAGAGUGGUUAUUCCUUCAGCAGAUACUUCCCUUAGCAGAAGUUGGCUAAGACCAUCCUGGAACUUUAGACUUCCUAAUAUCAAAGAUACCGUAAAACUUUGGACAAAUAGAGUGUGGUCUAUAUACAAUUGGUGCCAGAACUGCAUGGCCCAGAGUUUAGAAGUAUUGAAAGACACCAUCUUUCCAUCCCGUUUCUGCCACCGAGAACUCCACAGUCUAAAAGAACGGUUUUGCAUUUUGGAAAGUGAAUUAUGCAAGCUCCAGGAAACACUGAAGACUGUCUUGGAAAAUUCUUCCUGCCCAAGCUGUGGUCAAACCUGUCACAUAAGUGGUAAACUCAAAAAUGUGCCCGCCCGCGUGCUAAACACCCCUGGAGAAUCUCGAGCGAUACUUCCUCCCACACUGCCAAAGCCAGUCACCCCCACUCCUGCUCUUCUUCCUCCGCCGCCCCCGCCCCCUCCACCUCCUCCUCUGCCUCCGCCUCCACCGACCACAGCACCUGUGCUGCUCAGAAAAUCCGAUCGCACUAAAGCUCUGCAGGCUGGGCCAUUAAAAAGAGAUGGACCCAUGCAGAUAACAGUUAAAGAUCUACUGACUGUGAAGUUAAAGAAGACACAGUGUUUUGAUGAAAGGAAGAAGCUUAUACCAUCACCAAAGGCACAGAAUCCACUAGUUACUGUCUCUGACCUACAACGUGUCACCCUGAAGCCCAACUCCAAAGUACUAUCAACUCGAGUUACAAAUGUCUUGAUUACCCCUGGUAAAAGCCAGAUAGACCUGCGGAAACUACUUAGAAAAGUUGAUGUAGAGAGAAGCCCAGGUGGAACCCCACUUACCAAUAAAGAAAACAUGGACACAGGAACUGGGCUUACUCCAGUAAUGACUCGGGCCUUGAGGAGAAAGUUUCAGAUGGCUCACCCUAGAAGCCCAACUCAAACUCUGCCACUUUCUACAAGCAGCUUUGAUGAACAAAACUGAUGCUAACUCUGCCUGAUGCCACAUGAUGAUCCAUAAAACACACAGAUAAAAUCACCCCAAUCCUUUUUUUUAAUGUACUAGGGUUUAUAUAAAUAAUUAUACUAAUAUAUAAUUCCAUUUGAAUUAUAUAAUUUUGGGGAGCCACCCAGGUGCCCCAAAAAUAUGAGUUCUUGUUGUUCCUGUUUUAUUCAAGGGAGUCUUUUCUAUUUGAGUUUUCAACAUUUUUUUACUUGGGAAAUCUGUACAAUGCUUAUGGUUAAUAUACACUUAUUUUGCCUGGAUUUACAAGUCCAAGAAUUGUCCAUACAUACUGUGAUAUAAAGUGAGUAUUUGGGUAUUUUUUAGUUUGUAUGAUCAAUAAGAGAGCAGAUGGGAAAAUGCAGUCCCUAAAGAGAUGUUUAUCCGGGAAUAACCCAAUUUAGGUUGGAGAGGUCGUUCAAAUUUAACUAGAUAACAAGUUUAUACUCAAUAGAUACAGUUUUGACGUUAAGAAAAUAACCUGAUUCCUUAAAAAAUAAAAUGAAAUAACCCUGUUCCCAUUCCUCUUGCAUAUUCUCAGGUAAUUAAAAAGAAAAGUAUUUCAGCCUAUAAAGCUAAUGCAUUCUUCAGUAAGCGUUACAGACUUGAUCAGUAAAAAGAACCUCUAGAUUUGAUUUCUGUUUACUGUAAACAGUUAGGAGGUAAGAAUGUCCCCUAUCCCAACCCAAUUAUUUUCCAAAUGGAUUUGAAGCAAAAUAUCCAAUAUAACCUUAAAAAUGAGAAUGUACCAUUUCUAGCAGCUAGAAAGGAUCUUUAGGUAGUCAUAUCUAGAUCACUGAAGUCUGAGAUAUUCCUUUCUUUGACAUUUUCUAUCCACAUUCAUGCAGCUAAUUAUAAGUUUUAUGAGGAUCUCAACAUGAACUGUGUAUUUUCCAGAGUGGCCUGCCCAGGAUUAUCUGAAGUCCAUAGCAGAUCUUCUGUGAGACCUAAUUCCUGUUCUCAACAGCCUAUAUCUUCAGGAACAGUAAUAAUACAAACCUCACUGGAUUUUUGUUCUCUCCUGCCAGUCCGGGGUAGCCAGAUUUAGCAGUAAAUAUACGAUAGCCAGAUUUGAAUUUAAAAAAAACUUUUAAAUAGAAAUACAUCCUAUUAAACAAUGGGUAGGGGAUUUUGUUGUUGUUGUUGUUUUAGUAUGUCCCAAAUAUUACAUGGGAGCUAUAUAUUUAUACUGAAAAAAUUAUUCACCAUUUAUCUGAAAUUCAGCUUUAACAGGGCAUUCUUUAUCGUACCUGGUCACCCUAUGGCUCAGUCCCCUACAAAGUUGCCAAGUAUUUCUGGGAGCCCCCAGGUUGUCAGACAUGUCUACUUAGCAGUGGACACAAUUAUAGCUUCAGCCAGGAUCCCCAUUACUAUUAUGUUAAGUAUCACAGAGAAUGGGAAACUCUCAUCAGGGUGAGUUCCUGUGACUGAAAGUACAGGAUUAGCUUUGAUCCCCUGCAGUUCCAAGAAUAAGGACAGCAGCUGCUUGUGGAUGGGAAACAAGGUGUUUCAGAUCUUUACUGAACUUCCUAGCCUGACAGGAAGCAGCUACAGGGGUAAUACUAUUUUAGCCUAGGCUACAAAAGAUAUUUCAGUCAUUUCCCAGAAAUACCUAUAUUUCCACAGACAAAUACUGCUUUGAAAUACCAAAUAGAGUGUUGUGGAAAGUCACCAGACUGGAAAGCAGACCUUGGGACCAUGUUUUGUUCUCAUGAGACCCAAAUUUAUGUCUACAGACACAUUUAUGAAUGAAAAUUAAACAGGUAAUAAAGUUAAGAAACAUACCUGCUUCUAAUUUAAAACAAAACAAAACAAAGCCUGCAAGCUACACUUAUAUAAGAAUAAAAGGAAUGAUCUCUGAGAACAAAACAUUUGAGUAUUUGUAACGAUGUUUUAUGGAGCACUUACAAUGCUUAUGUUAAUAAACCACCAGGUACUGUCUCAAUUUAAUUUAAAUGAUUUGAUGAUUUGAUCAUUCUUGUGGAAUAAAGGUUCAUUUAAAAAUGCUAUAGAAAUCCUAUAUAUAAACAUUUAUAAAGCUGCUAUUGCCAUUGUACCAGUAUUAAAAAUGUUUUCUACCUUGUUUUUUUACUAAAUUUUAUGACAGGUUUUAUAUUAUACCAUUUGAGAAUCUUGUGAAUGCUAUGGCUUCUUUACACUGUUGCUAUUUAUAAACUUCCAAUGUUUAUUUUCAGACUGAGUAACAACCAUACAAUAUAAACCCCAUGGUUCACAUGGUGAUGUUUUAAAAAUAAAAAGCAAUUUAAAAAC